AUGGCUCUUUGUGGCGCUCUUUGCUUCACCGAGAAUUCCAGCACCCCUCGGCAAGGCAACGCUGAGGAUCGCGCGGAUUAUGCGAGCUUCCUGAUGAUUCAGAACUUGUUGUGCUUCACCAGCGGCCUGGUGAACGCCUUGACCAUCAUCGACAUGGGCAUGACGGUGUCUCAUCAGUCGGGCAACACGUCGCACACGGGACGUUUGAUCAUGGCGGGCGGCGCGAAGUUCGGCCACCUCUUGGCCACCUUCUGCCUGGGCUCCUUCUUUGCGGGCUACUCCAAGGCAGAUUGCGAGUUGAUCUACUCCGGCCGCUACUCCCCCAACCUCUUGGCCGCAGCCCUGGCCGUGGUGGCUGGAUGCAUGGUGCACUACUGCAAGGAGCACGGUGGUGCGGGCAACGACAACACCUCCGAAUGCUUGCUUUUGUUUGCCUUCUCCCAGGGCAUUCAGAAUGGCAUCACCCGCAGGUGCUUGUCGCUGCCCAUUUGCACCACCCAUUUCACGGGCUACCUCACUGAUGUGGGCACCGGUUUGGGCGUUUGGGCCCGAGCGUUGGUGAGCGGAGAGAACCCUCCCACCUUGCUGAAGGUGCUCCUGUUUGCCGCGGGGACCCUGUUCUUCUGCUUGGGCGGUGUGGCAGCCAAGGAGCUCCAUGGUCCUUACAACAUGCAGGCGGCCCUGAUCUCUGCCGGGCUCAUGGCUGCCGUGGCGGGCGGCUUGGUGCCAGUGAUCAAGGUGAAGAAGAGCUCGCCCUGA